AUGAGCACUAUUCAUUCUCCGAAUGUUGUUAUUCCUGCUGGUGGUGGUAGCAGUGAACUAGUGACAAAUUCCUAUCCUUCGCCCGUAAAAUCUAAUCAUGAAUCACAAAUACCGACAACAAACGUUUUUGUACAGCAAACACUCAAUCAUCAUCAUCAUCAUAAUCAUCAUAGCAAUAAUAAUCGAACGUUGAACACUUGUAAUGUCACAAGUUCAAAAUCUUCUAGCCGAGUGCGAAAACCCUCGGAUGAAGAGGACAACUUUGCUUUAUUGACAAUAAAAACUUCUUUAAAAAGAAAUCGAUCACCUUCACUAACAGAUGAAAGAACAAAUCACGAAACUACAGAAAAUGAAAACAUAGCAAAAACACAACAGAUAUCUCCACAUAUAUCGACAAUAUCAGACGAGAAAACAAUAGCUAACGGACCAACAACAUUGACUCCCGUCAAAGCUGUGAGACAGAGUAGAAAAAAAAGACAAACGAGAGAUAUUGAUCAUAACUUAGGUCGCCAUUUAUCAGCUGAUAAAUUGCACGUGUACCGUUGGCCACCCUCAGAUACUCUAGCUGAUUUACAUGUUUUACAAGAACAAAUCUGCGAUUAUCUAAGUUUAAAAUCAUUUAAAAGGAAAUAUCCUGAUAUCAGUCGCCGCGUUGUUGACUUAAACGAAAGAGAAUAUUUAAAAUCGCAAAAUGUCGUCACAGAAACACAAUGUGAUCUUGGAUUAACAGCAUUGAAACUUGACGAAAUACUUAAUAUAACAAAUGAUCGUCCAUCAAAGCAGCUACUAUCCAAUGUUCGUCAAGAUACAAUUCGUUCGGCGGUUGAAUAUAAUCAACAAAUACAAAGAGAAAGACGAAAGGAUCGACAAGCUUGCUUUGAUUUGCAAACAAUGCAAAUUCAUUUUCCAGCUAACAAACAAUUUCGAUUACCUCAAAAUCUUACUCACGUUGGAUCUUAUCCGCUACCACUUGUACCUGGACAAUAUCAUGAUGCUUUCAUCAAGUAUACCUCUGAUGAAUUAAAAUAUAUGCCGAUAAAUACCGCUUUAUACUAUUAUCCAAAACCCUUAUCAUUAGUGCAAUCUGAACGUUUUGAUCAGGCUACAAGUGACGAAGAAAAUGAAGACGAAAUGGAGAUAGGAUCAUCAAUGCAGAUUCAACAACAAUCUGUACCGACUUCUUUUGCUCCCAUUCAAUCACACCUGCCUCCUAUCGUUCUUCAGCCUCAACAACUUCAGUCUUCACUAGAUUCAAACGGUGUUUUUAUUGAAACACAGUCAUCUUGUACAAAUGGUCCAUUGUCUCGCACAUUGAUAAAUAAACAAAACUCUCUGAACAGUCAUAAUAGUCAAAGUACACAAAAUUUUUCUUCAUCUACUAAUAGCACAACGACCAAUAUUUGUUAUAUAUGUAAACAACAACGUUCACCAAAUCAACAACAGCAGCAACAAGAUGAUCAAUUUAUUACAUGUUCAACUUGUUUACAUCGUUCUCAUCCUCAAUGUCUUGAUAUUAACUUAGAAAUGUUGCAAAUUAUUCAGACGUAUCAGUGGCAAUGUAUGGACUGUAAAAAUUGUUCAACAUGUAAUAAACCACAUGACGAGGCCCAAAUGAUGUUUUGUGAUCGUUGUGAUCGUGGUUAUCAUACGUACUGUGUGGGUCUUCAAGCUAUUCCUGAUGGAUCGUGGCAGUGUUCAGCUUGUGUGAUAUACAAACGAGAAGUCAUUACACCACCGCCUCUGUCCACAACGUCACCCAUUACAAAAAACAGACGGGGAAGGAUAGCGAAUAACAGUCGUUUAUCAUCGUCGUCCACGCGUCUAUCUCAUAAUUUUUCGUCGUCCUCCCCGAUACCAAUCACUACUGCCACAUCAUCUCCUACCACAACAACAACAACUAGUCGUGGUCGUGGUAGUUCUCGUCGAGGUCGUGUGAAAUUAGGUGUUAACUCGUCUACUAAUCAUUCAUUUCCAUUAUCGCCGUUAAAUACUUCUUCAAAUUCGUCUACAACAAACGAUGCUCCAACUCCGCCACCUCACGCGUUUGUUCAACCAUCUAUACCAUUCCAAGAUACAUCGUCAAACACUUUUAAUCCAAUUUUAAAUUGUUCUUCAACAAUUGUUUCAUCCUCACUAACUUUAAACAAUGACAGUUCGAAUGGUAGUCACACUGAUUCAAAACAUUCAUGGACAACAAAUAAUCAGAGAUAG